AUGGCUGGCAAGAAGGGCGAGAACCCUAAAAAGGUCGCUGGCAACGCUCGCAAGGCCGAGGCUGCUGCGCAAAAGGCCGCAGCUGCCGACGCCAGAGUGGAAGCUGAGGAAGCCGAAAAAUGGCAGAAGGGAAGCAAGAGCAACGCAAAAAAGGAAGCCGAGGCCGUCAAGAGGGCUGAACAGGCCGCCAAGAAGGCUGAGAAGGAUGCUCUUCUCAAGGAGGAGGAAGCUAGCCUCGGCGGACGAGCCGAGCCCAAGAAAGCAAAGGCGCCUGUCAAGAAGUCUCGUGGCUUGGAUCUCUCCCAGCUCGACGGCGAUUCACCUUCAGCACUGAGCGCUUCCGGUAUCGACAAUGCGCUCGACGCCCUGUCACUGGCGACUGGUGCCGACGACACCAAGAUUGACAAGCACCCCGAGAAGAGAUUUGCUGCUGCAUAUGCCAAGUACGAGGAGCGGAGACUCGCCGAGAUGAAGGCAGAUGGCAGUGGCGUUGGCUUGCGCCUGGAGCAGCGCAAGCAGAGGAUUAGGAAGGAAUUCGACAAGAGCCCCGAGAAUCCCUUUAACCAGGUUACUGCUGCUUACAACGCCACGCGCGACGACAUGGACCAAGUAAAGGCUCAUGAAAAUUCCAAGAUUGAGAAGCGCUUGGGUCACUAA